CCCGCCACUGUCGCCCUGCCCCGCCAUGCCCGCCGACCUCAGCGGCACCUGGAACCUGCUCAGCAGCGACAACUUCGAGGGCUACAUGCUGGCCCUAGGUAUUGACUUUGCUACUCGUAAGAUAGCCAAGUUGCUGAAGCCACAGAAAGUGAUUGAGCAGAACGAAGAUUCUUUUACCAUCCACACCUACAGCAGUUUGAGGAACUACCUUGUUACAUUUAAAGUUGGAGAAGAAUUUGAUGAGGAUAAUAAAGGCCUGGAUAACAGAAAAUGCAAGAGCUUGGUCACUUGGGACAAUGACAGACUCACCUGUAUCCAGAAGGGGGAGAAGAAGAAUAGAGGCUGGACCCACUGGAUGGAAGGAGACAAACUCCACUUGGAAAUGUUCUGUGAAGGCCAAGUGUGUAAACAGACGUUCCAGAGAGCCUGAACUGCGUCCAGCAACAGAACCCACGUGUGACUGCAGUUGAAUGUUGAAUUCUAUUCUAAAAUGAAGAGAUGCUAAUCUGUCUUGGUUUGGUGAUGGGAACUUGUGGUCAGAGACCUGUCCUACAGCUUGUACCAGAAGCCAUUUACUCAGAUUAUGGGAAGACGCUCAGUUCAAUAAACCUGUCCAAUGACUCUGA